AUGGAGAUUUCAUCAAAAGAAAAUACUCAGUUUUUCUCAAACAACACAAUCCUGCCUGUUGAUCGAUCUUCGUUCAAAUCUGAAUCUUCUGCAUCCAAGGAAAAACAGUCAUGUUGUGGAGGUAUAAAGAUAUUUCUUGGUGCAUUGUCUUUUGUUUAUUUUGCUAAAGCACUAUCAGGAAGUUAUCUAAAAAGUACUAUCACACAAAUAGAAAGAAGAUUUGAUAUCCCUUCCUCUUUGGUUGGCGUUAUUGAUGGCAGUUUUGAAAUUGGGAACCUCCUAGUCAUAAUUCUUGUAAGCUACUUUGGAGCAAAGCUUCACAGGCCAAGAAUAAUCGGAGCAGGCUGCUUAAUUAUGUCAGCUGGAACAUUCCUAAUUGCGAUGCCCCAGUUCUUCAUGGGACGGUAUCGGUAUGAAAGAUUCCCUUCCACCAUCAAUUCAACUGUUAGCAUCUCUCCAUGUCUGCAGGAUAAAAGCCAAACUCCACUCUCAGCCUUGGAAAAAUCUCAAGCAAAAAUAAAUGCAGGAUGUGAGAAAGAAGCAGGCUCUUCCAUGUGGAUCUAUGUUUUGCUGGGGAAUCUUUUGCGUGGAAUAGGUGAAACUCCUAUCCAGCCUCUGGGAAUUACAUACAUUGAUGAUUAUGCCAUUGAAGAGAAUGCUGCCUUAUACAUUGGCUGCGUACAGACGGUUGCAAUUAUAGGGCCGAUAUUUGGCUUUCUUCUAGGAUCCCUGUGUGCCAAACUUUAUGUUGACAUUGGCUUUGUAGAUCUGGACAGUAUAACAAUAACUCACAAGGACGUGCAGUGGGUUGGAGCCUGGUGGCUGGGUUACUUAAUAGCGGGUGUGAUUAGUGUUCUGGCUGGCAUCCCCUUCUGGUUCCUGCCAAAGCACCUGCCAAAACCAGAGAGCAGAAAGGACUCCAGUACCUCUUCUGAGCAGUCAAAGUUCAUCACUGAGGAUAACAAGGAGCAAUACAAAUCUUAUCAACAGCAAGUGAAGAUUGCUGAGAUGGCAAAAGACUUCUUGCCAUCACUGAAGAACCUCUUUGGGAAUCCAGUUUACAUUCUGUAUUUGUGUGCAAGUAUCAUUCAGUUCAAUUCUUUAAUUGGCAUGGUGACAUAUAAGCCAAAGUACAUUGAACAACAGUAUGGGCAAACAUCUUCAAAAACUAAUUUCGUUAUAGGCAACUUCUCUGUGCCCAGAGCAGCUCUUGGCAUAUUCUCUGGGGGACUGAUCAUGAAAAAAUUCAGAAUCAAUGUUUUAGGGGCCGCAAAACUCUCCCUGGGAUCAUCUUUCUUUGGUUACCUUUUGCUCCUCUCAUUAUUUGCAAUGGGCUGUGAGAACUCUGAUGUGGCCGGACUGACCGUGUCAUACCAUGGAACUAAAUGGACAACUGAUUACGAGCAAGCCCUGUUUUCGGAAUGCAACUCGGGCUGCUCAUGUUCCAAGAAUGACUGGGACCCCAUCUGCGGGGCAAAUGGAGUCACCUACAUUUCUGCUUGUCUCGCCGGCUGCCAAGCAUCCAACGGCAGUGGGAAAAACACCGUAUUUCUUAACUGCAGCUGUGUGGGAACCUUGGAGUCUCCUUCACGAAGCUCCUCAGCUGUGGUGGGACCAUGUCAAAAAGGAAAUGAGUGUCCAAAAAUGUUUCUGUAUUUUCUAGUAAUAUCGGUUAUCACUUCAUAUACUUUGUCAGUAGGUGGCACACCUGGAUACAUACUGCUUCUAAGAUGCAUUAAACCACAUUUGAAAUCAUUUGCACUUGGUAUCUAUACCCUGGCAAUAAGAGUACUUGCGGGAAUUCCAGCCCCAGUGUAUUUUGGAGUGGCCAUAGAUACCACUUGCCUGAAAUGGGGAAGCAAAAGAUGUGGGGGAAGAGGAGCGUGCAGACUCUACAACUCCAGUGCACUCAGGUACGUGUACCUGGGGCUGACUUUGGUGUUGGGCACAGUGUCCAUUUUCUUCAGUGUUGCUGUCCUUUGGGUUCUCCGGAAAAGGUCUUCUCCACAAGAUGAGACCCUCUCAGCCAACGGGGAGAGAGGCGCCUGUGGGACAAAGAGUAGGAAAGAUAAUUUUGUCAAUAACGACUGUUUAAUUCAGACAACUUACUGGCCAGAAAAGGAGACUAGACUUUAG